CCCGGGCGCUGCGCGGCGCGGCGGCUGCAGAAGAGGAGGAGACCGGCGGGCCCGGGAGGAGAGGCGCGGAGGGGAGCGGAGCUAUGCUAAACCUGGGGUACCGCUGAGGCGGGGCGGCCAGGCCGGAGGCGGGAGAUCUCCGGCUCCCGAGGCGGCAGGAGGCAUUUAGGCGCGGGGAGCGGCUCCGCAGCCACCGGGCCAAUGAACAUGUCCGUGUUGACUUUGCAGGAAUACGAAUUCGAGAAGCAGUUCAACGAGCAUGAGGCCAUCCAGUGGAUGCAGGAGAACUGGAAGAAAUCUUUUCUAUUUUCAGCACUGUACGCUGCCUUCAUAUUUGGUGGUCGGCACCUUAUGAAUAAACGAGCAAAAUUUGAACUGAGGAAACCACUAGUGCUCUGGUCCCUGAGCCUUGCUGUCUUCAGUAUAUUCGGUGCUGUUCGAACUGCUCCUUACAUGCUGUACAUUUUGAUGACCAAAGGCCUGAAGCAGUCAGUGUGUGACCAGAGUUUUUACAUUGGACCUGUCAGCAAAUUCUGGGCAUAUGCAUUUGUGCUAAGCAAAGCACCUGAACUAGGAGAUACAAUAUUCAUUAUUCUUAGAAAACAGAAGCUCAUCUUCUUACACUGGUACCAUCACAUUACUGUGUUACUUUAUUCUUGGUAUUCCUACAAGGACAUGGUGGCUGGCGGUGGCUGGUUUAUGACCAUGAACUAUGGAGUGCACGCUGUUAUGUACUCUUACUAUGCCUUGCGGGCUGCUGGCUUCAGAGUCUCACGCAAGUUUGCCAUGUUCAUCACCUUGUCGCAGAUCACCCAGAUGUUGGUCGGCUGUGUAAUCAACUACCUGGUCUUCUCCUGGAUGCAGCAUGGCCAGUGCCAUUCCCAUGUGCAGAACAUCAUCUGGUCCUCUCUCAUGUACCUCAGCUACUUUGUGCUCUUCUGCCAUUUUUUCUUUGAGGCCUAUAUUGGCAAAACCACAAAAGCAAAGAAGGUUGACUAGUGGUGAGAAUGAGACAGAAGCCAUAGCUCAGGGUCAUCAAGAAAAACAAAAUUACAAGAAAAGAAAAUGGCACAAGGAAACACAUAUAUGUAUGGUGCAGCUAAAACUUGGCAGCUUAGGGAAAGUUAGCUUGGUUUAACCCAGUAAGUUUAUGAUCCUAUCAUGGUGAGGACUCACUGCAAUUUACUCUAAUUCAAAGGACUGCUGAUGAAAGACUCCUUCCUUCUUGUACCUGCCUGCUCCAGAAAAGAAAGAAGAAAAGGAGAAACAGAAAAAAAAGUGAGAAGAAAAGAGAAGAAAAGCAGAAAGGAAUAACAUUGAGGGGGAAAAAUAAAGUACAUUAAAUAAACUGUGUUUCCCUGGGAUGGAAAAGAAUUUUAUUGUGAAAAAAAGUUGCUAAAUUCUUUCUAAUAGUUUUUCAGCAUUAAACUUAAACAAAACAUUUACGUUAAUGGUAGGAUUGUGAAAUUAAAAUCUUUUCUAUAAAAGAUUUAGCCAAAAUGAAGCCCCAAGAGGAUGUCACGUACACCUGUGUGGAAAGCGGUUGAACUCCAUUGUGGUCAUGAAUGGCAGUGAGAAGAGAUUGAGUGUUCUGCUCUGUCCUGUGCCAAGGGAGUAGAGCUGGGAGGCAGGCACCUCUCUGGGGUGCAGGAAGGAGCAGGACUUGUACAAGAGCCUAAUGUGAAAAGGAACGCUGUUGCAAUACAUAUCUCAGCAAGUGCAUUUUCCAGGUGCGCUUUUCAGCUAAAGGCAAGGAGUUUCUGCAGCAGGAUAAGACACAGAGGGUUAAAUCAACCAAUAUAUGCUAAAUUACCAGGGGCUAAUAGCAGAUGAAUGUUCAGGAAGGAGAGGGAGGCAACUCCUGAAACACGAUUUUUAAGAACUAUCCAUCAAUCUCAACCCACAGCAACACGGAAUGGAAUGAGGGGAAAUGAGAAGCCACUCUAGCCAGCGAGCGGUGAGCGACGCCUCUUCCCAUUGAUUCCCAAACCGUGCGUCGGGUGGACCCGGGAGGUGAGGCGAGGGGAAGAGUGCAGGACCGGGCAGCGCUGGGUGGCUCUGUGCCUCAGCACGCACCUGCCAGGCUGGGUGAAGAUGUGCCAAGAGCCCUCCUCUGGUCACAUGGAGAUACUACUGCAAAACAUGCCUGGAAUAAGAUUUUCUUGGGAUCGGUAUAGGAAAUUAGUCUGAGCGGAGUGAUUUUGCUGCAACGGCUUAGCUCUAAUGUCCAGAGAGAAUUGUUCUUCAUUAAACAUGUAUCUCUCUCUCUGCAGAGUCGGUACUGUAACAUCAGACUGACCACUAAAGAAGACGCUCUUCUUCUCCGCAGUCGGCUACAGAAAUAAGGAGAAAUGUGUUUCACUCUGAACCUUAGAGAGCUAGUUGAUAACAGCCAUAUUCUCUCAAAGAUGAAUAGAUUGCAUUAUCUGUGAUAUUCCAGUCCUUACAAAGCCAAAUAAAAUGUGUAAAAGUUCCUAGUAUUUCAAAGACGCAAGUAUGUAAACUUGAUGUUAAAUGUGUUAAUGUAGUACUCUAAAUUGUAUCAGUUAGGUAGCUUAACUAAACAAUUAGAAGAACUAGAUCAACAAAAUAGGGACUGCUGUUCUGCGUAGAAUACACACACCUAUAACUACACCCAUAUACACAUUCUGUGAAUUGUCAGCAAGAAAAAAGCCCAGCGGCAGAGAAUCACAUUUCCUGGCUAAUGCAAAAGAUUGUCAUUAUCUUUCUUGUUUUAAUUUGAGAUUGUACAGUGCAAAGGGUUUUUUUUUUUUUAAAUUCUGAUUUUUAGCUUUAAUUGUGCUGUCAUUCAUGAAACAGAGCUGCUUUAGUAUCCUGUUAAGAGAUGACAAGGGCUUUUGGUGUCUCAUUAUAUACAAGAGAAAAACAAAUAAAGUUACAUUCCAUGUUAUGUGAAUGGUCUUACAAAUCAAAAAGCCUCCGUAGGCCGAAAUCAUAAUUAUAACAAGCAGAAAAGAUGUUUACAUUUGUGUUAUUUAAGUUAUUGAUGUGCUGACGUUAUUUUAUGGUACACAACAAGCAGCAAAAUGUGAUAUCCAGUAAUGAAGCUAUGAUAUUCAUUAAUAGAACUACUGUGUACAUGGAAACAAUAGGCAAAACCAAUUAAAUGUGUAAACCAUUUUGUUUUACAGCCUGGGAGUAGAUAACUGUAAUGCUGAGUAAGCCUUUAUCCUCAUGCUUAAUUUUGCCCUGGCUAAGAACCAGGCUAUGAAGACUGAGUAACCGGGAAAACCCAAAUUUCAGGUUACCUACACCCUAGAUGGGAAGUGGCCCCAUCAUGCCACGCAAGGAGCUGCAUGCAACCCCUGGUAGCUGGAGGAUUGCAGGUAGAGGCUUAAAAGUCCAAGAAGCUUUACAAAUAGGAAGUGAUACCACAGCUAAGGGAAGACCUGUAGCCCAAGUUUUACACAGACAGAAAGUGGGAUGGGUUGCUAAUGAGUGUGCAAACAACCCACUGUGUUUUGUACACUGUGUUCCUUAAUCGCAUGGGGGGGGGGUUGGGGGGAGAAGGAGGAGGGAAGCAUUCUGUGUGUGCCAGAUGGAAAUGGUGGCAGUGCUGACACUGAGUUGAACAGAACAGGCAUUUUACCCCCAUUCCCUGAAAGCCCUCACAGGCACUGUUUGCUCCCAAUCUGCCCGCAUCCCUGUGAGGUCUCAGGUUAGACCUCGAGAUGGUCACAGCCAUCCCACGGGCCAGGUCCCUCCUAUGCUGCCUGGUCAGUGGCUCCAGGGGUUGGCCUAUCGGCCUCCUCCAGAUGCAGUACAGGUGUACCCCAGAUGUGUAGGGAAACCAGAGGGGAGAGGGAGUCCAGUGGGAGGAUAGGUUUGCUGGCGAGUAUGUGUGUAGGGAAGGAACAGCAAGAUCGGACACGUAAGGAAUAAAUGAGGAUUACAUCUGCCAUCAGAAGUUGGAACUGGCAUGUCACAGAGGCAUUUCUACAUGCCAGUUCCAACUGGCCAUGGAGCUUCUCUGAGAUUUUACACUGGAGGCAAGUGUGGCAACUAACAUUAAAGAAGUUGAGGAUAUGACCAAAGUCAACAUAUACUGUUUUUUCCUUUUUGGUUGUUUUUUUUUCCCCCUCUAAAAAGCACAUUCUUGAUAUUUAGACAUCACUUUUAGCCCAUGUACUUGAACAGCGAGGCAGUCAUCUCUAAUGUUCCAGCUGUUCCAACCCAAACACAGCUAAUUGGGUUCUACUUAUUUCCCCUAGUUUAAACCUUGCAGCCACACUUGCACACUAUUCUGUCACUACCAGAAUCCUUUUUUUUUUUUUUUUUUUU